GGCAGCCAGGAAAAAGCCACAUGGAGGUCUCCAGCUGCAGAGGGUGAAAAAGCCCAUCCUUCUGCCCACGCCUGGCUGCAAAGAGGGCUGCCCAGGCAAAACCUGGCAUGGGGGGAACCUAAGGAGACCAGAGGCCAGAUUAUAACAACAUCAACCAGGAGGAGGUGGAGGCAGAUCGGACUGACCAGACCAUCGAAAGGAGGCAGAAAGGAAGAGAAGGCAGAAAAUGCAGCUGACACGGUGCUGUUUCAUAUUUCUCAUCCAAGGGAGCAUCUAUCUGCUGGUGAUCUGUGGCCAAGAUGAAACUACAGAAGAUGAGGAAGAAGACAAUGGAAAACCAUCUAAAGAGCAACAAAGGUCCCGGGUACAAAAGAAGAAGAGCCAACUCUCCCUGAAAUCCUCCUUGGUAGCUUCCUCCAAUUUACAGAACACAAGUCUACUAGAGUUGGCUUCCACCAACAACCAAGAAUUUUGGGAUGUCCUAGAGAGUUUGUCCAAGCAAGGCCAAGGCCCACAGCCCUUGCGUGGCCGAAGGGACACUGUCGCCAGCCCCAGUCGGCUUAAGAAAAUAUUUGGCUGGGGUGACUUCUACUCCAACAUCAAGACAGUCAAGUUGAAUCUCUUGAUCACAGGCAAGGUGGUCGACCACGGGAAUGGCACAGUCAAUGUCUUCUUCCGUCACAACUCCACUGGCCAUGGCAACAUCUCUGUCAGCCUGGUGCCCCCCAACAAAGCUGUGGAGUUUGACCUUGAGCAACAAAUCUUCAUUGAGGCUAAAGAAUCCAAGAUCUUCAACUGCAGGAUAGAGUAUGAGAAAGUGGACAAGGCGAAGAAGACCACCUUGUGUACUUAUGACCCAUCCAAGACCUGCUUCCUGAACCACACACAGAGUCAGGUUUCCUGGGUUUGCUCCAAGCCCUUCAAGGUCAUCUGUAUCUACAUCACCUUCUACAGCAUAGACUACAGGCUUGUGCAGAAAGUGUGUCCUGACUACAACUACCACAACAAUGUUCCUUAUUACCCCUCUGGGUGACAACAUACCUCUUCUGAGCACAGAAGCAGCCCAAGUCCCAAACACAACUUGAUUGGGGGUUUGGGAGCAAAAAACGGGAAAGGGAGGCCAUGAGCUGGGAGGAGGAUGAGUCAUGUCACUCCAGUGCUAGACAAACCACCAAACAAACCUGGCCUCUGCUAAAGGACAGUUGGUUUAGAGGGGAGUUUGAGAGAACACAAACCAACAAAACAUGCUUGCAAGGAGCUCUGCAGUCUUUAAAAAUAAUACUGUUGUCAAUCCACAUCCUCCCCACUUACAUGCAUAUACUCAGACCAAAUCAUUUCAAUGCUUGAGGCACAAAUUCAAAAUGGCACUUUCUCUCCAUUGUUAUUCCUAAACACAGGGCCCAGUCCAUCAGGGAAUUCUGCUAUGAAAGCUUCCAUGAGGCUUCUGCAGGCGAAGAACUGAAGGAAUGACUAAUACGUCUAAGGCAAGGGUGAGUGACUGUGGCCCUCUAAAUUUUGUUAGAUUGCAACUCGCAGCAUUCUUCAAGUUUGCUUAUGCUGAUUGGGGCUGCUGGAGGUUGCAGCUUAAUGACAUUUGCAGGGAAUUCCUGCUCUUGCUUUAUGAAAAGGCAGACAAGUGU